AUGGCAAGACCUCUCCCUCCACCGGACCCGCCAGAUUCCCCCCCUGCACCGUCGAGCCCUCUCACCCAUGCCAAGCUUCAUCACCGCCCCGUACUCUCCCCAGGGCUAGUCCCGCUUCAUCAAUGGUUAGAAAAAUCGGCAACCUCUACAGAUCCGAACGGCACCGGAUCUAGAGGGACGCCGCGAUGCGCUCGCCUUUGUGGCCUUGGCUCUCCGUCCGUUGAUGUUGAGCCCCAUCUCCACCACUUUCCCAGAAGUCGGAAUCUCCCUAGCCCGAGAGCAAGAAUCCCAACAUUGGAAUUUCUUGUCCCUCUGCCGAACAAUCCUUUUGUUCUGGUACAGGACUCACUCGGACUUUCCAGCCAUCGCCGGAGAUUUCCCCAGGGGCGCUCCUCGGCCUUGUCUCGCCGGCUACAGGGGACAAAAGUUUUCUGGGUUCUCAAAUCCUGUAAUUUACUCCCAGUGGAAGAGUCUAAUCCCACUUACGACCAUCUCUUUGAGAUUGGCUGUAUUUUCUUCCCUCUCCUGGAGAGUGGUCGAAUUCCCGAGCAUUAUGACGGGUUUUUCAAAUUCACAUUGGCAAGUGACUGUCCUGAGACUCUCCCGCUUUGCCGCGAAGAUCUUCUUGCGCAUCCGAGCCACGACUUGGAUUCGUUAGAAAGAGACUUAGAGCAUGAUUAUGGGUGGGUAAUAGAGUGGGAUGUGACAACUAUGAUAAACAUGUUUGUAUCUGGUACAGAAUUCGCUUUAGAGAUCGAGAUCGAGGGUUUCGCUCUCCUUGACUCCACCGAAGAUUUCAUCACCGAUCAGAAAGUCGUCGUUCUCAAACCAGACAGACCCUUUACCUCCGAAACCCCUUCUCCUGGAUCUCCGGUUAAAUCUCCGACGAGGAUUUUGGUUAAACCUAAUCAGUCGAAGCUAUCUCAGCUUAGUUGCCAUAUAGGUAAGCUGAAAGAUAUCAUGUCUUUUUCCUUAUUGUCAAUGAUUUGCUUUGAAUGCAGCAUAAGCUCAAGAUUGAAGAUGGUGAAGAUGGUGAAAGCUUAA